AUGGAGCCUGUGUGCUGAAAGUGGAGCAGCCAGCGUAGAGCGCCGGAGAUAGGACAGCGCUAAAGAAAUGGGCGCCGGCGCCAGCGUCGACGCCCUCUCCCUCGACGGCGAGCUGAAGGAGCUCUUGAGCUACUACGACGGCAACCUGGAGAGCGCCGCGGGACGCGGUGAACCGCGAGAUCGUGCGCGUCGUGCCGAAGACUGGCAGCGGCCGCUUCGUGCCCGAGCGCGGCGAGCAGACCGCUGUGCAGGGCGUCGUGGACCGCGCGACUAAGCUCGCCAGACUCGCCACGACGAGUCCGCGUGGGAAGGCUACAAGGCCGCCGACGGCGACGCGGCGCGCCAGAGCGCCGACGAUUUCCUCGCGGAAACGAGGCGGCUCGAAGAAGAUUUCCCUGAUACGCCGCCGCCGCCGCGCUGCGACUUGCCAGAGGGCGCAUCCAUCGACGCGCUCGCAGCGCUGGCCUAUUUUCACGGGGAGGACCUGCUCGAAUCGCUCAGGCGGUUCGUUCAGGAUGCGGGCGGUGAGUAUAAAAGGGGGCCGCGAAAAAGCAAGAGCCGCAUCAGACAAAAAACCGAGAAGGACUACGGCGGCGACGUGGCCCGCGUCGUCGACCUCGAGCGCGCGACCGGCAUCUUCGACUCCGUGGACGACCUGAGCUUCGCCAUCUCGCUGCUGAGGGACGCCUCCCGCCGGGGCGAGAUCACGAUCCGGCGCUGCAAGGACCGCUUCAGCCACCCGUUCGAAAACGGCUACCGCGACCUGCAACUGAACGUCGAGCUGGAAGGCUUUGUUGGGGAGCUCCAGUUGAAUUUGAGGCGUAUUAUCGAGGUGAAGGCCAAGGCGCACAAGAUCUAUGAAGUCGAGCGCGUCAUCGAGGCCAAAGAAGACAAGGACGCGCUGCAACGCGCCGUCGACGGCCCGGGGCUCGAGAGCGAGCAGGUCCUGCGCCUCACGAUCGAAGGUGGCCGCUCGAUCGACGACGCGUUCGGAUCUCUCGCCGUGUUCGAGGCGGCGCUGGCGCGGGCGCUGCCGCCGGGCUGCGUCGUCGCGAACGUGUAUUCCGGGGAAAGGGGCGAAGUGCGCGUGCGGCUCGGUCUCGACGAGGUCGCCGCCAUGGCCCAGCUGCGGGACGACGUUGUCUUGGAAUCGAGGGCGUUUGAGGAUGCGCUUAACGAGAGCUUGCCAGACGGAACCAAGAUCAGCGUCGACCGCGCCGCCUUCCUCGAGUGCUACUCGCGGAUCAUGAUGCGGUUCGGGAAAUUGACGCCGCACCAGCGCGAGAAACUCAAGGAACUGCGAGCCGCAAAUGUCGCCGUGCUACUGUCGCCUGCGGGCGGCGGCAAGACGUUCCUCGCGAUCCAGCGCGUGCUCGAGGAGCUUCGGGGCGACGCUGGCGCGGUCGUGCUGUUCGCGGCGCGGAACGUCGCGUUGGCGCUCUUCGUCUGCAAGUGGCUGGUCGUGGCAUCGCGAAAAUCAGCAAAGCAUGUUGUAGAUCGCGUGCACGUAUUGGUGGCGCCCUUCGAAGACGGGCCGCGGCGCGUGCGCGUCGAAGGGAGACGGCUCGUGCUCGACGCCGUCGGAGAAGCCGUGAAGUAUGCUCUAGUGGUCGUCGACGAGGCGCACCACCUCGUGAACGACGCCGCGCUGCGUGCGCAGCUCGCCCAUAUUAGCGCUGCUCAGACGCGCCUAUUGUUGCUCGCGGACGCCUCGCAGGCGACGGCCACGCACAAACCUGAUCAGAUCGCGCGCUCGCUCGUGGAUCUGCCGCACGAGCAGAAAGUCGCCGUCGCGACGCUCUCCGAGGUCGUCCGGUCGACGAAGCGUAUCGUCGCAGGAGCCGCCGCGUUUCAGCUCGAGGCUGGGCGCAAGGCGGAGACAGAGACGCACGCGGCGUCUAUCGGGCCGCCGCUCGUGGCCCGGAUCUUUAAACUAGCGGACGGCCAGGACACCUCGGAGCACUACGCGCCGGAAGUCGUCGAAGCACUUUCAGCUGUGCAAAAGCAGCUUACGGACCUGAGCGAUCUCGACGACCGCGUCGCCGUUGUCUGUCCAGACGAGGUAUUCGUCGAGAAGCUUCGAGGGCCAUUGGGGCUGGCACUUGGUGGGUUCGAGCUCGUCGACGCGGCGACGGCGAGCGCGGCGCUGCCUCGUGACGAGGAGCGUAGCUCUGGCUCAAAACCGUGGCUUGUUGUCGACAGCGUGGAUAACAUGGACGGUUUGGAACGGCUCGUUGUUAUUUGUGUCGGGCUCGACCAAGUCAUCGAUCGCGGCGCGGGCGUGUUCGAGACUCGCUCGCGUUUGUACCGCGCGAUGACGCGCGCGCAGCUCGCGGUUGCUGUUGUGAAUGAAGUGUUGCCGGGCGGGUGGCUCGAGUUCCUGGGGCGCGUCGAGCUGGAUGAUAAGAAGUUUGAUGAUGCCAAGGAGCGCAGGAACCGGGCGGAGACGGCGGCCGACGAUGUUGUCGGUGGUGUGGUUGAGGAGGCUUCGGCGCCCGUGCGUGACUCUGUCGACGCUGACAAGGGCGCUGUUGAGAAGGCAUCACCAGAGGAUACCGGUGCACCGGCGGAGGCGCCCAUGCCGGCCGACAAGGAGGCGAUGCGCCGCGGCGGCACUCUCCCACCGUACGCGGAGCCGGACCGCGGCCUCGUCCAGUUCGACGCCUGGCGCGAGCGCAUCGCCGCCGAAGAGGAGGGCGUUGCCGAGGAGCUUGUCAGAGCCGUAGAGGAGGAGGCGGUCGCCGUACCUUCGCCAGAAAAGAAGGGCGCGACCGAGGUCGUCGACGCGGACGCCGCCACGACCCCAUCGGAAGCCGAACCGAUGAAGGUCUUGCAGUCGAUCUGGGACGCGAGCGCGGUCGCGACGGUGGCGCGCGGCGACCUGCGGUUUAUGCCGUUUUCCGACCCCCUGUCGAAGCUCGUCGAGCUGCGGACGCUGAGAGGGCACUCGCAUGGCGUGCGUUUCGUGCGUUGCGGCGUCCACUGUGCUUUUGUGCUGAUGUGUCUUCGUCGUAGGUCUGGGGCGUUGCGGUGUUUCCGGACGGGCGGCGCGUCGUUUCUUGUUCAGGAGCCGAAGUAAGAAUUUGUCGCACGGAUUCUAGUAGUGAUGAUGAGUACAUAGAUAAAGGAGAGAUCAAAGUCUGGGACGUGGCGACCGGUAAAUGCGUGGCGACGCUGGAAGGGCACUCGGAUUGGGUGCGUUGCGGCGUCCACUGUACUUUCGUGAUGAUCUGGCUUCGUCGUAGGUCCAAGGC